AUGCCCUCCUCGAUACUAUCGUCUUCGUCAUCGAUUAUCUCCUCCGCGACCAAAACCUACGCAACCACCAUCCCCACAGGUACUAUAUCAGCUCUCAUCGGUCAACCACCAAAUACUACCAAUGACUACUACAUCGUCGCCUACCUCAAUGGCGCCUUCGGCAUUCACGGCAAUCCUAAUAAGGGAAUUACCAUUCCUCCUUUAGCACCACCAGGCUACGUUUACGAAUCCCGCGCCACGUCAAUUUUAAUCGGAAUGACCGUAUCUAUUUUCUUCAUGUUCACAUUUACGCUUGUUCGUCUUCUCAUUCGUCUCCUAAAUCGCGGUUUAAGACUCGGUCUGGACGACCUCUUCAUUGUUCCCGGUGUCAUCCUCGCAAUUACGUGGCCAGUACUACAGAUUUUAGCCGUCGUAUAUGGAGGCGCAGGAAAACACAUCUGGGAUGUAACGUAUGAGGAAUAUGGAUACUUCAAACGCUACACCAAUUGGUCCAAGAUAUUUUUCUUCGUAGCAGUAGGAGUGGUGAAGGUUUCCAUAUGUCUUUUCAAUCGCAGACUUACAUCUAUGACAUCGAAUAAGUGGCUCUUGUUCAACAACGUCUUUCUAGUUCUCCUGGCCAUCUAUAUUCUAGUAUCACUCUUCUGGAAUAUAUUUCUGUGUAACCCUGUUUGGGGAGGUUGGGACGCAAUUCGAUUGGGGAGAGAAGGAGUUGUUGCGAAAUGCUUCCCGGUGGGAAAAAUGGGAACAAUUAUGAGUACGAUUCACGUCGUUAUGGAUUUUGGUCUAUUGGCUGUCCCGCUCAUUGUACUGUGGAAAGUCAAGAUGGGAUGGAGGACUAGAGGGAGAUUGUACAUUGUUUUUUGCGGUGGGAGGUGGUCUUUCAAAGCUCUCGAGGAUUGGACAUUAGUCGAUUUAACACUCGGUGUUAUUGCCGCCUCUCUGCCCGUCCUCUCAGCCAUCAUCCCAGCCAAAUGGAAAACAAUCCACACCUCUUCGUCCUAUAAAAAUCCAUCUCAUCUCGGUUCUCAUCCUCUCUCCAACGCCGGAAACUACAUGCGCUCGAAAUACUCCGGCAAAAAUGGAAAAGACGUGAAGAAUGGACGAAAUCGAGGAACGAACGGCGGUACAUUUGGAGAAAGUGAGGAGAACAUUGUGAGAACAGACGUUAUCGAGUUGAGUUUUCAAAGUAAAGGGGAAGUGGAAAGUAGAGAGGAAAGAAAGGAAGAAGGAAAUGGAGAAGGAGGAAGUGGGAGAGUCAUGAGAAGUUUCUCGAGGAAUAGAAAUCGCUGCGAUUCGAAUGAGAGAGCCGGUACGAAUAAGCUGGAUAAAGAGACGAGUGAAUGGCACGGGGCCAAAGGCCAAUAUGGUCAUAGAGUGGAAAUUAGUAGGGACGAGUGA